AUGAACGGGCAGCAAUCCCCGCUCAAAGUCUUUCUCGACACUUUCAAGAAGGAAGUAAAGGCUUCGAAUGAGUUGAAGGAAAACAUCAAGGCGUUGCAGGAUGAAUCUGGGAGAAUGGCCGAGUCUGAAGCGUUCAAGCGGGCUAAGGAAGCUUACGACCGGUCACAGAAGGGUGCUUCUGCAGUUGGGAAGGUGGCGAUCAAGACCGCAGAAACCGUUGGUGAUGUCGCCGUGAAAGCUUGGGAUUCCCCCGUCGGUAAAGGUGUUAGAACCACCGUUCGUGUCACUGCCGAUGCUGCCGAUAAAGCUUUUGAACCCGUUAGACAAACCCAAGUUUACAAGGAUGUGUCGGAAGUUAUUGAUGACGGCUCUGUCACUCAAUACGGUGGUUACUUGACAAAGGAGAAGCGCCGGGAGCUCAGAGAUGCUUACCUCAAAAAGAAAAUUGCUGAAGGUUGGAAAGGUCCCGUCAGAGAAAACGAAGAUGCUGGCGGUGCCCUCGUUGCCACGGAACACAAGCCCACUGGCCCCACCAUGGGCGAAAAGUGGGAAGACUUCAAGCUCAAAACGCCGGUUGGUAAGGGUGUUCUGUACUUGCAAGAAAAGUGGGAGGAAUCAGACAAUGGCUUGAUUUCAUUGGUCAGAACUAUUAUCGAAAAGGUUACCGGCUUUUUCUCAGAAACCGAACAAGCCAAGGUUGUGAAGCAGUUCAAGUUGAUGGACCCGUCUUUCCGUUUGCUCGAUUUCCAGAAGUCUUUGGUGAACUUCAUCGUUCCCGAAUUGGUUGAAGCCUACUUGAAAAAUGACGAAGCUGUCCUUAAGGAAUGGUUCUCGGAAGCUCCUUUCAACGUGUGGCAAGCCAAUAACAAACAAUUCGUUGAGCAGGGAUUGUUUUCGGACUCCAAGAUCCAAGACAUCAGAGGUAUUGACAUUGUCACUUGCAAAAUGUUGCAACCUAACGAUACUCCCGUAAUUGUGGUGUCUUGUCGCGCUCAAGAAAUCCACUUGUACCGUAAGAAGUCUGGUGAAAUUGCUGCAGGUACUCCUGACAACAUCCAAAUGUCUACUUAUGCUAUGGUAUUCACUAGAAUUCCCGAAGAAUUCGACAAUAAGGCUACUGAGGGUUGGAAGGUGAUUGAAUUUGCUCGGGGUGGUUCGAGACCUUUCCACUAA